AUGGCCUCAACUAUACUUACCAAGAAGUUGAGGGAAGAAGCUACCUGCCCCAUCUGCCUGGAGCUGAUGACUGAGCCCGUGAGCAUCGACUGUGGGCACAGCUACUGCCGCCAGUGCAUUGUGGGCUUUACUGGGAACUGUAGUUCUGAAACAUCGUCUCCAAGGACAUUUCAUUGUCCCCAGUGUAGGAAACCUUUUAAAAGUGAUAGUCUCCGGCCCAACAGGCAGUUGGAAAAUAUCAUUCAAACCAUCAAGGAGACAGAGCAUGAAAGAUUGUGUGAGAAACAUGGCGAGCAGCUCCACCUGUUCUGUGAGGAUGACGGUCAGCUCAUCUGCUUCUGCUGUGAGCGGUCACCACAGCACAAAGGACAUGUCACUGCUCUUGCUGAAGAUGCGUGCCAAGGUUACAGGGAACAACUCCAAAAAGCAGUUUGGAAACUGAGCAUAACACGCAUAAAAUAUAUGCAGCUGAGGCAAAACACAACUCUGAGAAUAACUCACUGGAAGGAGAAAAUAAAGCGUGAGAAAGAAAGAAUCAACUCUGAAUUUUCAAGUCUUCACACAUUCCUGCACCAGGAGGAGGAGUUAUAUAUGUGUCAACUGGAGAAAGAAAGAGAGCAGAAGCUGAGCAGUCUGCAGGACAAUGUAGCCCAUCUGGACAACAAACUACAGGAACUCGAGAACCACAUCCAGGAACUGGACAAGAAAUGUCAGGACUCAGCACAGAAUUUGCUGCAGGAUAUAAAGGACACUUUGGGCAGGUACUCAGCUAUUAGUGUGGAAGCACCAAAAGAUGUUUCUUUGGAGGUGCAUACUGUGUGCGAUAUCUCUAAGCUUAACUUUAAUGUGAGAAGAGUUUUAAAGCGCUAUCAAGACAAUGUGACUCUGGAUCCCGAUACUGCUCAUCCAGAUUUAAGCCUGUCUGACAAUCAGAGAACAGUGGCUUACAAAGGAAGCAUACCGAUGUAUCAAAAUCCUGGAGGAUUUAGUGUCUUAUCCUGUAUCCUGGGCCGUGAGCGCUUCACCUCAGGAAGACAUUACUUUGAAGUGGAUGUGCAAAUAGGAGUUGAGUGGGGUGUCGGAGUUUGUCUGGAAAAUGUACCAAGGGGCACUGACAUUGUACAAGAGCCUCAGUCUGGAUUCUGGGCCAUCAGACUGAGAAAGGACAAGAUCUGUUUAGUCCUUGCUUCUCCCCAAAUCACCCUUCCCUUGAGGGUCCAGCCUCAAGUUGUAGGGAUUAUUCUAGACUGUGAUGUUGGGCUUGUGUCCUUCUACAAUGUUACUACUGGUUCCUACAUCUACACCUUCCCCAAGGCCUCCUUCUCACAUGCUCUUAGACCUUAUUUUGAGGUUUAUCCAUUUUCUUCAUUGUCCCUGAUUUCCUCAAAUAAGUAAGAA